AUGGGUUCCUCUGCACCAGCCAAACGGAAACUCCUCGACGACAGCGACUCGGAUUCCGGCGAUGGAGGUGCCCAGAUCCAGGAGAGCGGGUUCAAGGUGAACGAGGAAUACGCCCGCCGAUUCGAACACAACAAGAAGCGAGAGGAGCUGCACCGAUUGGAGGAAAAGUACAAGAAGGACGCCUCCCGUAAGAACGCCAACGACGAAGACGACGAAUCUUCCACAGACGAGAGUGAGGAUGAAGACGGCUUCCUCGCCACCGAAGACCUUGACGCACAGAUCUCCGCCACCCUUCAGGCCAUCAAGAACAAGGAUCCUAGAGUCUAUGACAAGGAUGUGACGUUCUACAAGGAAGAAGAUGCAGGCGCAGCCCCUAAGAAGGAAAAGAAGGAGCAGCCAGUUUAUCUGAAGGACUACCACCGUGAAAAGUUCAUGCGUGGCGAUGUCGGCGCCGAUGACGAUGAGGAGGAGGCAGCCCCGGCAACCUUUACACAGCAGCAGGAUGACCUGAAAAAGUCCAUUGUGUCGGAGAUGCACAACGCCGACGCUGAGAAUGGAGAGUCCGAUUCAGACGGCGAUGAUUUCAUGAAGCGCAAGGAACCAGCCAAGGUGGAUGAUAGCGGCGUCCACCCAGCGAGAGCCAAGAGGGUCAAGAAGCAGAAGGUUAAGGAUCUCGAUGUCGAGAGUGCCGACCGCGAUCCGGAGACUUUCCUGUCCAACUUCUUGUCAGCCCGAGCGUGGCUGCCUGGCGACGACGGCGAGGCCAGGUGGAAGGCCUUCGAAUCCGACGAUGACGAGGAAGAGAACAAGGCCGACGAGUUUGAGCAGGCAUACAACCUGCGGUUUGAAGACCCCGCAAAGAGCAACGAGGUCCUCAAGUCGUAUGCUCGAGACAUCACAGCUGCGCGAUCCGUGCGUCGUGAAGACAAGACGGUCAGAAGUCGUCGCCGAGAGCUCGAGAAGGAGCAGAAGGAGGCCGAAAAGCGGGAGAAGAGGGAGGACAAAGCCCGCCUGCGCAAGUUAAAACUUGGAGAGACGGAACAAAAGCUCCGCAAGGUCAGGCAGGCGGCCGGGGCUACCGGCGUAGAACUCAAGGACGAGGACUGGAUGAAGUUCCUUGACGACGCAUGGGAGGAUGACAAGUGGGAAGAGGAGAUGAGCAAGCGAUUCGGCGAUGACUACUACGCCAUGGGCGAUGCCGAUGCCGCGGCCUCUGACGACGAGGAAGCCGAGGACAAGAAGAGAAAACAACCCAAGAAGCCCAAGUGGGACGACGACAUCGACAUCAAGGACCUAGUACCUGAUUUCGACGACGAAGAGGACCAACCAAAGAUCACACUGUCUGAUAGCGAAGGCCAAGAACCCGAAGAUGCAAAUGACGACGAGGGCGACGACGAGCCCCCCGCCAAGAAGCGCAAGAGCGCCAAGGAGCAAAAGCGAGAGCGCCUCGAGUCCCAGAAGCAAGCCCGCAAGGACCGCACGAAGCUCGAGGCCCUCGUCGACUCCAAGCUCGAGCUCACCCAUCACGACCUCCUCUCCAAGUCGGCCGCCGCGCACGCCCCCUUCCGGUACCGCGAGACGUCGCCGCAGUCCUUCGGCAUGACCGCCCGCGACAUCCUCCUCGCCCCCUCGGACAGCGCCCUCAACGACUUCGCCGGCCUCAAGAAGCUCGCCACCUUCCGCGACGAGGAGAAGAAGCGCCGCGACCGCAAGAGGCUGAACAAGAAGGCCCGGCUCAGGCAGUGGCGCCGCGACACGUUCGGCCGCGAGUUUGAGCGGGAGGGCCCCACCUACGGGUUCGAGAAGUUCGCCGCCGAGGCGGAGGCGUCCGGCGAGGCGAGGCUCGUGGCGCCCGAAGAGAAGAAGGAGAGUAACAUCGUUGGUGAAGUGGGCGAGUCGAAAAAGAAGAGGAAGAGGUCCAAGGGGAAGAAGAAGGGUGACGGCGAGGCCGAGGCCGCUGAGGCGUAA